ACCACCACUGGUACCUUCAGGAGAGGUCCUUCAGCCACAAUGGCUCUCAGCGCUGCUCAGGCACACUCUUCUGAAAGGGCUGACGCUGUCUGUGGGGCACAGGCACCAGCCACCACCCCCUCCUCCCCCAUUAUUUCACAUAGGCAUUCUCCGUGUGUGAACUUACAUCGUGAUCGUCGGCAGGGAAUUCAAGCACUGAGGAAACGAUGAAACAACGGGAGGAACAUCCUUCUCUUUUCAAAUCGUAUCGUGGGAUUUUGAUGCCCAGCUGAAGAAGCAAGUGGCGGACGGGCCUUUGCUAAUAUCUCAACCAAAGCUCAUUGAAGAAACAAAGCAACUGUCACUUGUUUCAAGCCUCGCAUUGAUUCCCCAUCUUAGUGUGGUACAAAUUCACACUUUUUCCCCAAUAACUAGCUACCUUUGCUUAAUAUCUAAAGUCAAUCAAUUUCCUCUGAGGUCAGGUCCUCCUUGACUGCCAAUCCCACGAUGUCACAAAGAGGUUAUCCAAGAGAUAUGACAAUUUAGGAAGGAUUGUUUCACUUACACCAGGGAUGGUCCAGCCUUUUGGCUGCUGAGGGCCGGAUGCCCUAUUUGAGAAAUGUCCAGGGGCCAUAUGAAGCAAUAUUUUUGUGUUUCCCAUCCGGAAACAUAAUAUAAAAUUCAACGGGUCAUGGAGGGAGCCGGUGGGCCAGAUGAAAUGGAGGGGGUGGGGGUGGAUGAAAUCGGCCCGCGGGCCGCCAAUUGGAUGGACCACCCUCUCUUACGCUCACUCAUUCAAGAAAAAUAACAAUAUACAUCCACAGUAAAUGGUUUCUAUAUAUGGGUGCACGGCAUUUAAUUAAUGAAGAAUUGCCACCAAUGAGAUGCAUUGCGUCACCAUCCCAAAAAGGCCGUUCCCUCAACUUCAAAGGUCAUACUUUGAGGUCAUCAGAGACAUUACUAAAGACCUCAAAUGGGAUCAUGGCUAGGCUGGAGAGACAAGAUAAUGGAAGCCCCCUUUUAUUCCCAUUCCCUCAUCGUUUCUCUCUUUAGCCUAUGAUUUUUAUUUGUUUGUUUUUUAAUUCAUUCUUUGCUCAAUCAUUCAGGUAUCCUCAUGAUGUUUUUUUUUUGGGGUGAUCCAAAAUUUUUAUCAAAAAUUUACUUUUGUUAAACUUGUAAUAAAACUUAUAAAACAGUUUGAGGGCCACGACUAUAAAUAGCCUCGAGAGGUAUGACGCUCGCCGAGACUUCACAAUCGCAAAUUAUUACAGCCAAAGGUAUUAGCCAAUUUACUCAUAAGGUUACUAACUUGAGAAAUAUCAAAAAACAUGGCCAAUACACCAUGUCAGGAGACACAUUUCUGUCGGAGUUAGGUUAUAAACUAGGGAAAACUAUUGGCGAAGGCAGCUACUCCAAAGUCAAAGUAGGUAGCUCCAAAAAGUACAGAGAUAAUGUUGCCAUCAAGGUGGUCGACAGAAAGAAAGCCCCACCAGACUUUGUCAAUAAGUUUUUGCCCAGGGAGUUGGCCAUUUUGAGGGGGAUCAAACACCCUCACAUUGUCCAGGUCUAUGAGUUCAUUGAGGUCUGCAACGGGAAACUCUACAUUGUCAUGGAGCAGGCAGCGACUGAUCUUCUACAGCUGAUCCAACACAGGGGACACAUCCCAUGCAACGAAGCCAGACACCUGUUCUCUCAGAUUGCCUGUGCUGUCAAGUACCUUCACGAGCAUGACAUUGUCCAUCGGGACCUCAAGUGCGAAAACAUUCUGUUGACGGAAGAAAUGCAGGUAAAGAUCACCGACUUCGGAUUCGGAAAGAAAAUCCACGGCUACACUGAUCUCAGCAGCACAUACUGUGGCUCUGCAGCCUACGCCCCACCCGAGGUCCUAAUGGGGGUCCCUUACGACCCCAAAAAGUACGACAUAUGGAGCCUGGGGAUCAUCCUUUAUGUGAUAGUGACGGGGUGCAUGCCCUUUGACGACUCGAACAUCAGCAAAUUGCCCAAAAGCCAACAGAAAGGGGUGGUGUACCCCGAGAACAUUCAACUGGAGGACAAGUGUCAAACCUUGAUUCGGGAAUUGCUUCAGUUCUGUCCAUCGGUGAGGCCAGCUGCCAAUCAGAUUAUCAAGCACGUGUGGCUGAGGGAGAACAAGUGAACCAUUGCUGAUGGACUGCUCCGAGGGCGUAAACUUUAGUUUCUUUUGUAGUGAGUUACGGUAACAAGUGUAACAACAUUUUUCAAACCAAUUCACAAUUAAAAGUGUUGGAAGU